UAUAUAUUUGCAUUCAAUUUUAUUAAAUUACUAUUGAAAUAUGAGUUUAAAUUGUAACGUGAUACGAAUGCACAUAUAUUUCAUAUGAUUGGGAGAUACUUCAGUGUACAAAGAUCACAAGUUUUACUCAAACGCACAUUUUAUUCAACUUUUGAAAUUAUUUUUAUAUCACAUUUAUGUUAUUACCAACGCGUUAAUUUUACGUCGCUAACUUUUAUCUAUUGUGUUUUUUAUUCCAACGAACAUGCGCAUAUUUUUAUAAUCAUAUAGGUUUUUAAUCGUAAACUUUAAAAGCCAUUUCCUCAAGAAAGUGAUAACGGACGCCGAGUAAUGACGCAGUUGAAGAAAUCUAUUCGAAAAACGUAGAGGAUAUUUUUAACGUGGGUAUAUAGUGUCGAUUGAAGUAUCGUCCGAGAAUGAAUCGCGGUACUUAUCGCCGAUUACAAUAAAAAAAGAAGCGAGCAUAAUAUGCACUCGUCGCCUACUCAGCUCUCAAUGUCAGCUGUACAGAUGCGCACGGAGUGUCCUCAUGAGCAUCUUAAAUUGCGGAUAUUGCUGAGGAUGCAUGUAUAGUAGGUAUUAAACAAUUCAAAUUGAGAGCUAGCUGUCAUGUCGUUCAUGAUGUCAUCUUUAGUAGGAACAUUCGCGCGAAGAAUACACAAACAGCCGCUCUUGACACAUAGAGUUUCAGUUAUCAAACAACUGGUUCGAAAUUUAGAAGUGCACGAGCACAUAGCGUAUAGUUUAUUGAAGGAGGCUGGAAUUCCUACGCCGCCUUUUUGGGUGGCGAAGACACCUGACGAAGCCGCAAAUCUGGCCAAGAAUUUAAAGACGAAGGACCUCGUACUGAAGGCACAAGUUCUGGCUGGUGGUAGAGCGAAAGGACAGUUUAAGGAUAGCAAUGUUAGCGGUGUCGUGAUGUGCGACAGCGCUGAGCAAGUAAAGGAAUUAGCGGAGAGUAUGAUUGGUAAGGUGCUCAUCACCAAGCAAACAGGCUCGGCUGGAAAGAUAUGCAAUUCGGUGAUGGUAGUGGCGCGUAUGUUUCCACGUAAAGAGUAUUACAUGGCGGUGAUGUUGGAACGUACUUUUGACGGGCCCGUAAUGAUCGUCUCUAAGCAAGGUGGGGUGAACAUCGAAGACGUCGCCGCUACGAAUCCCGAAGCCGUAGCAUAUUUACCGAUUGACGUGAGCAAGGGUUUAACGCCCGCGCAAGCGAACAGCAUCGCCGAUAAGCUGGGACUCACGGGGAACAGCAAGGAGAUCGCGUCACUCGUCGCCUCUAAUCUCUACGAGUUGUUCGUCGAGAAGGACGCAUUACUACUCGAGAUCAAUCCGUUCGCGGAAGACAUCUGUGGCGAAUAUUACGCUCUGGACUGCAAGUGUAAGUUUGAUGAUAGUGCUGAUUUCCGGCAGAAGGAGCUAUUCGCACUGAAGGAUAUGACUCAGAUGGACCCGAAGGAGGUCGAGGCAGAGAAGUACGACUUAAAUUACAUAGCCCUCACCGGAAACAUUGGAUGCAUGGUGAACGGAGCUGGUCUGGCCAUGGCCACUAUGGACAUUAUCAAAUUGUACGGCGGCACACCGGCGAAUUUCCUGGACGUCGGUGGCACUGCCACGGUCGAGACGGUAACGGAGGGCUUCAAGAUAUUGUCCUCGGAUCCGAAUGUGGAAGCAAUCUUGGUGAACAUCUUUGGCGGCAUAAUGAGAUGCGAUAUAAUUGCCCAAGGGAUCAUAGACGCUACUGAACAGUUGAAUCUGAAAAUACCUAUAAUCGUGCGGUUACAGGGUACCAAUGUAACUAAAGCUAAACAACUAAUACUGGACGCCAAGCUGAAAGUAAUAAGUGUGGAUGAUUUUGCUCAAGCAGCUGAGACAUCUGUUAAGUUAGCGUUGAUGAUGAAUAUCGCGAAGUCAUUGAAUUUAGAUAUUACUUUUAGUGCUAAAUCACCGCAGAAGGAUUUUGGGAAAGUAAAAAUACCGCGUGAACUCUGCGUCACGAUGUGCUGCGCGUGGGAAAACGUCAAGCACCUGGGUGGGGGACUGCGAGGGGCGAAGCUCGCGCCUGGCCAGUUCACAACGGCCGUCGCUCAGGCAAAGAUGGCUACCAUGUUGUCGCGGGCGAUAUCACUCGCGGAGAGUCUCGGCCGAUUGAGCGGCCCCAAGAUAUUGGCGUGCAAGACUAGUUUAGUGAAACAGCCAGUCAGGAAUUUAAACGUGCACGAACACAUCAGCUACAGUUUACUGAAUGAGGCUGGUGUGCCGACGCCUAAAUUCGGAGUCGCCAAAACUUCCGAUGAGGCAGCCAAGCUUGCUGCCGACUUAAAGACGAAGGACAUCGUCUUGAAGGCCCAGGUCCUAGCCGGCGGCAGAGGAAAGGGACACUUCAAGGGAACGAACGUUAGCGGCGUAAAGAUGUGUGAAACUCCGGAAGAGGCAAAAUCAUUGGCGGGCCAGAUGCUCGGCAAACUGCUCAUCACGAAACAGACUGGCGAAGGCGGUAGGAUAUGCAACGGCGUGAUGGUCACACAACGCAUGUUUCCUCGUAAAGAGUACUACCUUGCUGUCAUGAUGGAAAGAGCCUUUGGUGGUCCCGUCAUAAUAGCUUCCAGUCAAGGUGGAGUAAAUAUCGAGGAAGUUGCGGCUACAAAUCCUACCGCCAUCAUGUAUGAACCUAUUGAUAUCAAUAAGGGCAUUACGAAAGAACAGGCGGAACGUAUAGUAAGCAAGCUCGGCCUCGACAACGUAAAGGACUAUAUUUCCAACAUGAUUAUAAAUCUUUACCAAAUGUUCCUUAAAAAAGACGCUCUUCUUUUGGAAGUAAAUCCACUCGCAGAGGACAUUAAUGGGAAUUAUUUUGCUCUAGAUUGUAAAUGUCGAUUUGAUGACAACGCUGAGUUUAGGCAAAAGGAACUCUUUAGCCUAAGAGAUUGGUCUCAGGAGGAUCCUAAAGAAGUCGAAGCUGCGAAAUUUGACUUGAAUUAUAUCGCGCUUGAUGGCAAUAUAGGUUGUAUGGUAAACGGGGCUGGUUUAGCUAUGGCCACAAUGGACAUCAUAAAGUUGCAUGGCGGUGAACCAGCAAAUUUUCUCGACGUUGGCGGCGGUGCAUCAACUUCGGCGGUGAAAGAAGCAUUUAAGAUCAUCACUUCUGAUCCACGAGUUCACGCUCUUUUAGUUAAUAUUUUUGGCGGCAUCAUGAGAUGCGACGUUAUAGCGGAGGGUAUUAUUGCCGCAACAAAGGAACUAAGUUUAAAAAUUCCUGUUGUCGUGAGAUUGCAGGGUACUAAUGUGGACGAAGCCAAGGCUCUUAUCGCAAAUGCAGGUUUAAAAAUUGUACCAAUUGAUGAUCUUGAUGAAGCUGCUCGGGUCGCGGUAAAAUUAUCGACUAUUGUCAAAUUAGCUCAAUCCGAAAAUCUGAGUGUGAAUUUCGAGAUACCUGCCAUUUCAUAAGUAGCAAAAAAAAGAAUUAUAAUCGGUAAUAUUAUUAAUUUAAGAAUAUUUUUGUCGAGAAUAUUCAAUCGUUGACAGAUUUCAGGUAUGUCUGGAAGUAAGAAUUGCAGUAAUAAUUUUAUAUGCGUUAUAUAUUCUCGUCAAAGAGUAACACCUUACAUAGUUGUUUGACUCUUUCCGGUAGACAAAAGUCUAUACAUAUAGAAUCGAAUAUAAAGAUGUAUAAUUAUAUAUACAUAUAUAUAUAAAAUAUACCUAUAUAUGGUUU